GAGAGAUUGCAUUACGUACACACUCUUAAAAAAAAUGAGUGCACUGAUGCGUGACAAGCGUUCUACAUCAUAAUAAUGGUAAGUGACAUCAUAAUGCUCGCGCGUUCCACAGACGGGUAUAAAAGGCCGCUGACGGGACCGCGUCACCACUCAUUCAGUGAUCGUUCUGAGCGCAAGCGAAGGAAAUCAUAGAAAGAGACCUAUUUACAAAGCUAUAAAAAGCUACAUCGAGUGUGAGAGUGCAGAAAUACUCAAGUUUACAACCACUUAUACGUCGAGUAUUUGUGUGUGUUCACGAGUGUUUUCGACCACUUGAUCGCUCAUCACUUCUCCGGUUUGUCCCUCACUAACACCGAGGGCAUCACCGUUGAGAGGCGUCGACAGACUGGAAGUCAGCGUUUGGAGUGACAGUUUCUCUAAUCUGAUCAUCUAUCAGUUACGGGAUUCGUCGCACUUCGCAGACGGAAAGUUCAUGGAGACGAUUUUACGCACUGAGGACGACAGUCCAAAAGUGUGUUUGCCCCUCACUAACACCGAGGGUGGCAUUACUAAGAGAGGCGUUGACAGGCUUGAAGUCAGCGUUUGGAGUGACAGUUUCCCUGAUCUGAUCAUCUAUCAGUCACGGGAUUCGUCGCACUUCGCAGACGGAAAGUUCAUGGAGACGUCACUUUUACGCACUGAGGACGACAGUCCAAAAGUGUGUUUGCCCCUCACUAACACCGAGGGUGGCAUUACUAAGAGAGGCGUUGACAGGCUUGAAGUCAGCGUUUGUAGUGACAGUUUCUCUGAUCUGAUCAUCUAUCAGUCACGGGAUUCGUCGCACAUCGCAGACGGAAAGUUCAUGGAGACGUCACUUUUACGCACUGAGGACGACAGUCCAAAAGUGUGUUUGCCCCUCACCAACACCGAGGGUGGCAAGUGUAGAGGAGCCCAUGGACAAGACGCCAGCGUUUCGAGUGAACUUUUCUCUGAUCUGAAAAACAUUCAGGGAUGGGAUUUGUUGUUCUCCGCUGACCAAAUGUCCAUGGAGCCUUUAACUACACAUGCUGAGGACAGCAGUCCAAAAGCAUGUUUGUCCGACAUCCUCACCGAUGGCAACAUCUUUGAGAGGAGAGGAGUCGAUGGACCGGAAGUCGCCGGUUGUAGUGACCGAUUCCUUGAUUUGACUAUCCAUCAGUCACAGGAUUCGUCACUCCCUGAGUACUCUCUGAGUCCAAAAGUAUGUUUGUCCCUCACUGACAUUGAGGUUGACAUUGGAGUCAAUGGAUUGGAAGUUGACAUUUGUAGUGACAGUUUCCCUGAUCCGAUUGAGAUCUGUUCACGGGAUGUGUCACACACUGUGGACGACAGCCCAGAAGAACAAAAUGGCGCAGGGAGAAAGAAGGCAGGAAUCCGUGGGUUCUUUAAGGGAACUUGUGAGGCUGUGAAACGUCUCUUUCUCCCCAGCCGCAGUACUAAAGUGGAGCCUAUUGUUCCCUCACUGCAGCCGGACAAACCUCAAUCUGAUGGAGGGCUGUCUGUCCCAGUUGUGUCCGGUCUCGAGCAAAGUUCAGGUUCCCACUCGCUCGAGGAUAGACCUGAUGCAUGUCCGGUUGAUGAGGAAAAUGCAGCCGAAGUUUGCUCAAUGCCCGAUCAAACUUUAAACACGGAUUCAGAUUUUCAUAGAAAAGCGCAUGUAUUGGAUACAUCAGACAUAAUGUCUGCGUCCUCUGUGCACAAUGCUGAUGAAGGUGUCCUUCAGAGGAAUGGCGCUGAAUCACUGAGAGAACAAAUGCUAGCAGUGCUAGACUCUUUUCUGCCAUCCGACAUUGGAGUCAAUGGAUUGGAAGUUGACAUUUGUAGUGACAGUUUCCCUGAUCCGAUUGACAUCUGUUCACGGGAUUUGUCACUCACUCCUGUUAACAUGCCAAUGGAUGUGUCACACACUGUGGACGACAGCCCAGAAGAACAAAAUGGCGAAGGGAGAAAGAAGGCAGGAACACGUGGGUUCUUUAAGGGAACUUGUAAGGCUGUGAACCGUCUCUUUCUCCCCAGCCGCAGUACUAAAGUGGAGCGUAUUGUUCCCUCACUGCAGCCGGACAAACCUCGAUCUGAUGGAGGGCUGUCUGUCCCAGUUGUGUCCGGUCUCGAGCAAAGUUCAGGUUCCCACUCGCUCGAGGAUGGACCUGACGCGUGUCCGGUUGAUGAGGAAAAUGCAGCCGAAGUUUGCUCAGUGCCCGAUCAAAUGGCGAUAGGAAUCCGUGGGUUCUUUAGGAGAACCUGGUUGGCUACGAAGCAAACCUUCUCCUGCCUAAGCAGCAAUACAAUAGAAAGAUCUCCAUCUUAUCAAAAACUGUUUAAGCCCACUGAUGGAGAUGUUCAGUCUUACUAUAAAUUGGGUGAUAUCCUGGGAAAAGGAGGAUUUGGGAUGGUCCGUCGGGCAACCCGUAUUUCUGAUGGUCAAGAGGUCGCCGUCAAAUUCAUGUCCAAGUUGGAAGAUACGCGUACUCUUUCGAUUCCUGGCCAUCGCAAACGUCUGCUUACCGAGGUGGCUCUGUUACUUAAGAUGAGCGAAGCUCCCUUAAGCCCAAAUGCCAUCAGAAUGUACGAGUGGUUCGAUGAUCCCAAGGAUGUGAUCGUGAUUAUGGAGUACCCUAAGCCCUGCAAAAGCUUGUUGGAUUUCGUCAUAGAACACUCAUCUCCACUGAGUGAAGACACAGCACGUGUUUUAAUGCGUCAAGCAGUACAAGGGGUAAUCGACUGCAUUGAUCACGGCGUCUUUCACAAUGACAUCCAUCUAGGCAACAUGCUGGUCAACACGAGCACAUUAGAGCUCAAGUUGAUUGACUUCGGUUGUGGUCAGCUGUUCUCUCCUGCUGGCUACAAGACCAAAAAGUAUCGAGGAGUACCAAGUUACUGCCCACCCGAGGUCUUAUCCAACCCCAGAUAUCACGCCAUCCCUACAAACGUCUGGUGUUUGGGUUUGGUUCUGUAUAAAAUGGUCAAUGGGUGUAUAUGGAUGCCAUAUAUCCAAUCAGAGGAAGUCCAAUUUUGGAAUACCAGCUUAUCGGAAGAGUGUCGUAGCAUUAUUAGACAGUGUGUAGCCCUUGAUCCAGCUGAACGGCCCACAUUACAGCAGAUCUUGAGACACAGCUGGUUUAAUACAGAAUGAAGGCAGGCAGGGUCUUCUGUUCAUCACUGCUGUCAGACAUGAGGCUACACGUAAAUGGACUGGACAUCACACAGGACUGACCAGACCUCAUUAACCUACUGUUAACGUUUUUUUUAUUUUUUAGUUAUGUUAAAUUGUAUUUAUUAUUGUAAUAAUUUGAUUUAAGCUUUAUUACACUGAUGUAUUGUUAAUAAAAUUAAAAUCAUACAUAUGUUUAUUAUUUAAACCAAUGUUUUUUUCCUAAGUCAAACUUAAUACACCAUGGUGUUGUUUCCCAGACCGGGUUUAUAUUAGCCUCAGACUUAAAUGCAUGUUUGAGCUGCUUUAAUUUAAAAAUACCUUGAACUGACAUAUCUUGCAUCAGUGCAUUUGUUUUGUCUUAAGAUGCACACCAGUUUUUUUUUUUUUUUUUUGUAAAUUUUGUUUGUAUAAAUUACUUGAAUGUCCUAGUCCUGAAUGAAUGUAAACACUGUCUAGGAAACUGACCCUAAAUAUUACUGAAAAAACUGAAAUGUAUUUUCUUGAAUGUCUCAUUGUUUAAAUAAAUUGAGUAUUUUUUCAAAAACAGAUUGUUUAUUUGAGUGCAAGUACAAUAAAAAUGGGUGUAACACCCGUAUUACCCACAUUAAGUUUAUUUUAAGAUUUAUUUUUAACAAACAAUUAUUACAUUUAAGCAGUAUAUUUUAAAAUAACCAAUAAAACAGCAUUUUUUCAAAUUACAACAAUAGAUGUGUUUCAAAAUAUUACAAAAAAAGGCAAACUGUCAGGGUUUUGUCUUGUUCAUGUCUUUUAUUUUGAAAGUGUUCACUGCCAUGUUUGUCUCUUGUUUCCCUGUUCCCUUUUGUGGCAUGUUCUGAUUCUUUGUCCGUAUAUAAGUCAUCUUGUUACCAUUGUUCUUUGUUGGUUAUUAUUUGUUGUAAGAUUUGUUUCAUGUUUAUGUUAUGGAUCUUGCUCCUUGUUUCAUGC